CCAUUGCUCAUGUAUGACAUUUGAGGAAUAACGAUUUCGCUUGGUCUUUACGAUUAACGAUCUUUUUUCUAGCUGUUGAUUUGGGUUGAAUUGCAUCUGUUACAAACAUGAAAUAGCUUCAUAUUUGAAUACAAGAGCCAUUCUGUGUACGUGUAGGGAACAAGAGUAACAGACGGCUGUUUGAUAAUAAUGGCCAGCAACAACAUAGAUGAUGAAGAGGCAGCAACUCAAGCGAUCCGACAGAAGCUGAACAGUGAGAAGAUGAAGUUAUGGCUGCCCCCAUACACCCAGGAGAAUGCAACCAUGGGAGUAUAUCCUGAGGAGCUCCUGGACCGCUACUCGUCCGAGCUGAGCCUCCCGAAGCAGACCAUAGCGGACACUUUCGAGAGGUUGCGGCAACACGCCCUGGCCAAGCUAGCCGCCCGACAGAACAAGCCAGGGGUGGGCGUGGCCAAGCUGAAGAUCAAACUAACGGGGGAGGUCCCAGAGGGCGUGUCGGCUGCCAGGAAGUGUCUGGACCUGGAGGUGGAGUUGGAAAUUACUGGAAGACAACUCAGAGAAAGAAUUGCCAACAUGAGCAGCAUACCAACAGACCACCUGAAACUCAUCAGCUGCGGCUCGGUCAUCCAGGACGACCCUUCCAUCUACACCCAGCACGUCCGGAACGGCUCGCAAGUCCUGGUCAUCUGUCUGUCCCAGAGCGAGCGUGAAGCCAGGCAACGUGAGGAGCGGGCUUCCCAGCUGGUCAAGACUAAAGAGGCAGCGGCCAUCUUGGCCAAGAGAAAAGAUGGUGGUCAUCGGAGUCGAGGGGACCAGUACUUCCUCCAAAUUGCCGACCAGACUGGAAAGCCUAUUGAUCUGCCGGACAGCGAAAGAGAGGCGUUGUCUGUCGCCCUCGCACUGAACGAGAAAGGAAGGGCGUGUCUAAAGCGAAAGCAGCACGGCGAGGCAUUGCUGAUACUUUUGGAGGCCGAAAAAGCUUUCAGUCAGUGUCGGUCUGAAAUCCUGACAGCGGUGGACAACUACGCCUUACUCUGCCUGGAUAUCGUAUGGUGCUAUCUCUGCCUUCAGAACGUGAGUGAGCUGCCCGAUGCUGAAGCCAAAUUGAAGAUCUGCGAGGACGGUUUUCGGCGCAGCUACGGUGAUAAUCUCCAGCGACUAGCCAGUCUAAAAGGUGACAGUCCCACAGAGUUAGCGCUGUACGUCAGGCUGUACUUACUACAGGGUAUUAUGGCUUUCUAUCAGGGAAGGAUGGAUGUCGCUCGCUCACUGCUGCAGAAGGCAGAGAACACACGGGCCACCCUGCAAGUUGACGAGGACAAGCUCAUGCAGGUGGUCUCCAUGGGCUUUGACGUCCGUGAGGCCAGGCUGGGCCUGCGGGCGGCAAGCGGCAACGUCUCGGUGGCCGUUACGAAGAUAACGGAGCAGAGACAAAGGAGGAAGGAGAUCCGAGAAAAGGAGGCAGAAGAACGAAAGAAAAAGGCGAGGGAGCGAAAGUUGGGAAAGACGGCCAACGGUGAAUGGAUAAAAUCUGAAGUUUACGACUCCCUCCUGUCCAUGGGUUUCCCUGAGCAAGCAGUCCUGGCAGCACUAAAACAGACCAACAACGACCUCCAUAACUCACUCCAGGUCAUGCAGGAACAGCCUGACCUCCUGGCACUGGGAGAUAGCAUCGACGAGCCGUGGCAAGGGGACGUGACCAAUGAGAUGAUAGCACAGGUUUCUGAGCUCGGCUUCGAUCCGGAGGUGGCACGACUGGCGCUGUAUCGUUACCGUGGUGAUAUCAGGAAAACAGUGGAUGUUCUGAUCGCGAGAGGAGGGGUUUUACCUCCGGAGCCGGCAUGCACAUCUUCGUCAACAAAGCCUGGAGGGGCAUCUUCAUCGGGAUCAUCAACAAGUCAAACGAAAACACCAGAUGAUGAAGAAGAUGAAUUGACAGAGGAGCAGAAACAGGCCAUUGCCGACAUCGCCCCGGACAUUCCGGACCACGAGGAAGACCACUUGGACUUAACGCUUGAGGAGGAGGCUAGGUUUAUACAGGAGUACAAGGCCCGGCUGGCUUCAAUGAACUGUUAGAUGUCCAGCUUCUAGAGGUCACUCAUUCAGGCUGGAUGGAGAGGCUAGCAUCUGAUGCUGGAGAAGGAGGCUAGGUUUAUACAGGAGUACAAGGCCCGGCUGGCUUGAAUGAACUGUUAGAUGUCCAGCUUCUACAGGUCACUGAUUCAGGCUGGAUGGAGAGGCUAGCAUCUGAUGCUGGAGAAGGAGGCUAGGUUUAUACAGGAGUACAAGGCCCGGCUGGCUUCAAUGAACUGUUAGAUCUCCGGCUUCUAGAGGUCACUGAUUCAGGCUGGAUGGAGAGGCUAGCAUCUGAUGCUGGAGAAGGAGGCUAGGUUUAUACAGGAGUACAAGGCCCGGCUGGCUUCAAUGAACUGUUAGAUGUCUGGCUUCUAGAGGUCACUGAUUCAGGCUGGAUGGAGAGGCUAGCAUCUGAUUCUGGAGAAGGAGGCUAGGUGUAUACAGGAGUACAAGGCCCGGCUGGCUUCAAUGAACUGUUAGAUGUCCGGCUUCUAAAGGUCACUCAUUCAGGCUUGAUGGAGAGGCUAGCAUCUGAUGCUGGAGGAGGAGGCUAGGUUUAUACAGGAGUACAAGGCCCGGCUGGCUUCAAUGAACUGUUAGAUGUCCAGCUUCUAGAGGUCACUCAUUCAGGCUUGAUGGAGAGGCUAGCAUCUGAUGCUGGAGAAGGAGGCUAGGUUUAUACAGGAGUACAAGGCCCGGCUGGCUUCAAUGAACUGUUAGAUGUCCGGCUUCUAGAGGUCACUCAUUCAGGCUUGAUGGAGAGGCUAGCAUCUGAUGCUGGAGAAGGAGGCUAGGUUUAUACAGGAGUACAAGGCCUGACUGGCUUCAGUGAACUGUUAGAUGUCCGGCUUCUAAAGGUCACUGAUUCAGGCUGAAGGGAGAGGCUAGCAUCUGAUGCUGGAGAAGGAGGCUAGGUUCAUACAGGAGUACAAAGCCCAGCUGGCUUCAAUGAACUGUUAGAUGUCCGGCUUCUAAAGGUCACUGAUUCAGGCUGAAGGGAGAGGCUAGCAUCUGACGCUUGAGGAGGAGACUAGGUUUAUACAGGAGUACAAGGCCCGGCUGGCUUCAAUGAACUGUUAGAUGUCCGGCUUCUAAAGGUCACUGAUUCAGGCUGAAGGGAGAGGCUAGCAUCUGACGCUUGAGGAGGAGGCUAGGUUUAUACAGGAGUACAAGGCCCGGCUGGCUUCAAUGAACUGUUAGAUGUCCGGCUUCUAGAGGUCACUGAUUCAGGCUGGAUGGAGAGGCUAGCAUCUGAUGCUGGAGAAGGAGGCUAGGUCCAUACAGGAAUACAAGGCCUGGCUGGCUUCAAUGAACUGUUAAAUGUCCGGCUUCUAGAGGUCACUGAUUCAGGCUGGAUGGAGAGGCUAGCACCUGAUGCUGGAGGAGGCUAGAUUUAUACAGGAGUACAAGGCCCGGCUGGCUUCAAUGAACUGUUAAAUGUCUGUCUUCUAGAGGUCACUGAUUCAGGCUGGAUGGAGAGGCUAGCAUCUGAUGCUGGAGGAGGCUAGAUUUAUACAGGAGUACAAGGCCCGGCUGGCUUCAAUGAACUGUUAAAUGUCUGUCUUCUAGAGGUCACUGAUUCAGGCUGGAUGGAGAGGCUAGCAUCUAAUGCUGGAGAAGGAGGCUAUGUUUAUACAGGAGUACAAGGCCCGGCUGGCUUCAAUGAACUGUUAAAUGUCUGUCUUCUAGAGGUCACUGAUUCAGGCUGGAUGGAGAGGCUAGCAUCUAAUGCUGGAGAAGGAGGCUAUGUUUAUACAGGAGUACAAGGCCCGGCUGGCUUCAAUGAACUGUUAAAUGUCUGUCUUCUAGAGGUCACUGAUUCAGGCUGGAUGGAGAGGCUAGCACCUGAUGCUGGAGGAGGCUAGAUUUAUACAGGAGUACAAGGCCCGGCUGGCUCCAAUGAACUGUUAGCUGUUCAGCUUCUAGAGGUCACUGAUUCAGGCUGGAUGGAGAGGCUAGCAUCUGAUGCUGGAGGAGGCUAGGUUUAUACAGGAGUACAAGGCCCGGCUGGCUUCAAUGAACUGUUAGAUGUCCGGCUUCUAGAGGUCACUGAUUCAGGCUGGAUGGAGAGGCUAGCAUCUGAUGCUGGAGAAGGAGGCUAGGUUUAUACAGGAGUACAAGGCCCGGCUGGCUUCAAUGAACUGUUAGAUGUCCAGCUUCUAGAGGUCUUUGAAUCAGGCUGGAUGGAAAGGCUAAGGUCUGAUCCAUGUAUCCGUAUUGCACAGUGCGCUAUCCGUAGUGCGUUAUUCGUUGAAAUUAUGUACGCCUCAGGUUGCGAUUGAAACGGGCGACACAUACAAUACGCAUGGGAUUUGUUGUUUGCAACUUGAAGAAACGAUGUAGUGGUUGGUUUUAAAAUGAAGCAGUUUAUAUGUGAAUCUUUUUGAAACAAAGUAGGAACUGCCUCGAUAUUACUUUUCAAAGCACCCCAUUGAUAAAACAUGCAAUAUUCCUACCCUUUGUAUUGUGUUGAGAAGUUAUAAUCUGUUGAUUUUUGUAAAAUGUGUACUUUGCCAAAGCUAAUUCAAAAUUUGAUUGAGACUUGAUUUUUCUUUUCUUUACGUUUCUUCUCGCAAAACUGCUGUGCGUUCUCUAUUUGAGUUUUACAUCCGUCAAGUGUUCAGACAAAUACGUAUACAUGGAUUUACAGAAUACGCAUCAUGGACCCGCAACUGUUCAACGCACAGCGCAAUAAACACAUGGAAAACAGAAACAUGGAUUUUAGGCCCAAGUCUUUUUUCUGGUUUGAUAAAAGAAAGACAUUAUUUGCUGCCAAAAAAAACCCCAAUAUUUACUCAGGUUUGGGUAUAUCAGUGCCUUGUAAACUCCCUACCCACGCCAUAGUUAUUCAGAGAUUAUAUUUUAAGAACUAUUCAGUAAAUUAAAGUUUUAUGAAUGCAGGACGAUUGUCCUUAUAUCCAAGUUUCAAUAAGCAAUACAUUUGGUGCAUUAUUGGAAGUUCAGUUUUAGGAGCCAAAAUUUGUUAAGAGAUACUUUAAGAUUGUGAUAUUAAAGUUACAAUUUGAAUCCUCGUACAUUUUACAAGGAGUAUAAAAAAAGAUGUUUAGAGUUCGACUAAAAUACUGAAAUGUUUGUUUUUUUAUUGACAGCUGACCUUUUACUUAAUUAUUUUACUUUGUUCUCAAUAAAAUCUAAUGAAUAGUGUAAGUUUUUUGAUAAAAUUUUAAUUUACCUAUUCAGAAGUAAAUGUAAUGCACAAUAAAAUGUUCAUUUUGAUUUUUUGAA